AUGGAUGAUAUAAGAACUUCGCUUGAAAAAGAAUACCCUGAUGCUGAGAUACAAAAAAACCAAGUAUUAACUCUGCAAGAUUGGCAAGACAAGUGGGUGAACCACAAUAUUUCAUUUCAUCAAGAAGAAGGAGAUCCACUAUUAAAGAAGCAUUUGGAUACUUUUCUUAGCGGCGGGAAUGGACUCAGAGUAUUUUUCCCUCUUUGUGGCAAAGCAGUUGAGAUGAGAUGGUUUGCAGACUUGGGACAUAGUGUCGUUGGUGUGGAAAUCAGUGAACUUGGAAUACGGGAAUUUUUUACAGAUCAGAAUCUCUCUUACUCAGAAGAGCCAGUCACUGAAAUCCCUGGAGCCAAAGUAUUUAAGAGUUCUUCAGGGAACAUUUCGUUGUAUUGUUGCAGCAUUUUUGAUCUUCCAAGAGCAAAUAUUGGCCUAUUUGACCGGAUUUGGGAUAGAGGAGCAUUGGUCGCUAUUAAUCCAUGCGAUCAACAACGCUAUGCUGACAUCAUGCUGUCCCUAACAAGAAAAGGGUUUCGUUACUUCUUGUCUGUUUUGUCUUAUGAUCCAACUAAACAUUUAGGUCCACCAUUUUAUUUUACACAUGCUGAUAUCGAAAAGUUGUUUGGUAAGUUGUCGACUUAG